AUUAAGCAUCACCAGCACUGCUUAGAGCACGUGACUGCCAUUUGACGUAGACUCGCGUAACUACCAGAAGGAAGUCGCGCUGCGUUGUUUUGCCAGAUAACAAAGCUACAGUAUGUGAAUAGCAAUAAUGCAUGCAUUAGGCGAUAACGUAUAGCUUGUGCAAGGUAAAAUAAAUACAUAACCGAACCAAGCUUCAGUGCUGUAAUGCACUACAUUAGCUCUAAGUUUUAGGGAUGCAACUCGUCUUGGAAUUCUACAAAAUGGAGGCUCUUGUAUAUAGACUGGAGAAUGUCUGACCAACACGACUCUGAUAACGCAGGAAGCACUCCGGGGACGUCCGACUCCAGACAAUGCUUUGCUCUGGGCAGAAGUUUGCCAGGACGAGUGUCCCUGAAUCCCCAGCCCCCUCCGGGGCGACUGAGCUCUCUGCGCUCCAGAGACCUUACACUGGGCGGGUUUAAAAAGAAAACUUUUAUUCCGAAUGUGCAUUCGGUUCGGAAGUCUAAAGACGAGCUAAAGGAAGACGUUCACAGUGCUCCAAAAAGAGAGAAAAAAGAAAAAGAAGAGAAGCACAGGGAGGUCAGAGGAAGGAGGAAGGAGCGACCCCAGACCAUUCAGUCGCACUCCAUAUUUGAGCAGGGUCCAGCUGACACCAUUAGGAAAUCAGGGAGCUGGGACAGUACAGAGCAGAAUGAGUAUGGACACUCACCGGUUUUGAAAUGCAUUAAAAAGGAGAAACAUGUCGCUGAAGAUGAUGAGAAUGAGAUUCUGCAGAAGCUCCAACGGGAUGAUUUUUUGGAUGACCCCGGUUUGAAAAAUGAUGCAAGAAACAGACCAAUUCAACUUCCACUCUACCAAUCAAGCAAUUUUUUCACGGGUGAUGCAGCUGUCCACGUGAAAGAAGAAACGGCAGGAGAUGGCACGAGCUCUGCGGUCCCCAGAGUGCAGACGCAGAGGUGCUCCCGGCUCACAAAAGGGUUUCCGAAGCCUCAGCAGCCAGCUGUGGCAGAGCUCUUCCAGCAGCUCGCCGUCUCGGAGAGGGAAGAGCUGUUCUUCAUCCAGCUUCCAGACAGCCUUCCUGGCCAGCCUGAGUCGCACACAGAAAAGCCUCCAAAGAAGGACACCAAGUCUGACGACAAGCGGCAGUCUCACAUUAAAACAAGAGAGCCUGUGGGUAAAGAAAGCGCUCCAGUCCUGUCAGAUUUCUCAGAGGGGUCGAUAGGGAAACUGCAGAUCAGGAAAUCUGGAAGAGUCCAGCUGGCCCUGGGUGAAAUCGUGAUGGAUGUUUCAGAAGGAGCUGCAUUUUCUUUCCUGCAGCAACUUGUAUCUGUCCGGUUAUCUGAAGGCCUCGCUGGAGAUAUGAGCAUUCUGGGAAAUGUGAAGCACAAACUGGUGUGCUCUCCAGACUUCGAAGCACUCCUGCAGGAAGUCAAGCUUCCCCCAAAUACACGUUCAGGGAAUUCUUAGCUAGGUCAAUGUAGUACUCCUUAGUGGAACACUUUGUAAAUAGCCUCAUGUCAUUUUGUAUCUCGGCAAGUGAAAGUAUUGUCAUGUGCAGUGCAGCACACAGUGUUGGGUAAAGAUUUGCUAGUACUCGUGUUGUGUACUUUUUACAAAAUUGAGAAUGUUGUUGAUUUGUUAUAGAAAAACAUGUAAGCAUUUAUUAAAAGAUACAAUACAAAA